CACACACACACACCCCCCACACACGCUACACACCACACACACACCGGCUCCCGCACCCGCCGGUGCCGAGCGCGCCGUGCCAACGCCGCCGGGAGAACAUGGGAAGCGAGUGAGCGGAUCCGUGCCGGUGCCGGCGCCCGCGAUGACCCUGGUGCUGCCCAUGCAGCGGCUGGGCCGCCCCAUCGCCGCCGAGGCAGCCGCCGACCUCGCCGCCUACCGCGGCCUCUGGCAGCCGCCCUGCUGCGGCCGCCCCGCCGCCGCCGCCCCGCCGCCGCCGCCCCCGCCGGCCCCCGGGCCCCCCGCCGCAGGAUCACAUUACAGGGGAAUUUCAAAUCCUGUAACAACAUCCAAGAUCACAUACUUUAAAAGGAAAUAUGUGGAAGAAGAGGAUUUUCAUCCACCGCUCAGCAGCUGUACACAUAAAACAAUCUCCGUGUUUGAGGAGCGGGCCCAUAUUCUUUACAUGUCUUUGGAAAAGCUGAAAUUCAUUGACGAUCCUGAAGUCUACCUGCGGAGAUCCGUCCUCAUCAACAACCUAAUGAAGAGGAUCCAUGGAGAAAUCAUCAUGCAGAACAACUGGUGCUUCUCCACCUGUUCCUUCAGUGGCGCGUCGCCACAAGAGUGGUUUGUGCCUCAGGACUGUCCAUACAGAAAACGCCUUCGGAUGGCAAAGGAGGAGUACGAGAAGCUCCACACGUGCUGCUUCUAUCAAGAGUGUGGCAGUCACUAUUUAAAUCUACCUUACUCUGUUAAUGCUAAUACAGAAAAUACUUCCUCCUCCUCUUCCUCCUCCUCCUGCUCCUCCUCCUCCCCCAUUUCUAUGCCAAGCUGUUCCCAGCAGGUGGAUUAUGACAUUGGCAGUGCCCCUUCUUACAGGAGCGAUGACCAGAUACCUGCUAACGAAAUGUUCAUCACUAAUGCCAGGUCUCACGGUAAUCAGGAAAAGGCAAAAUUUAAUGACGAGAAAGGAGGUAACGAACCUGAGCGAGAGAGCGUCGCCCUAAACUGUGAACCUGUAAGAGGCACUCACGCUCUCGAAUGUAAAGGCAAAUUUUACGACUGUUUUGAGACUGGAUGUAAUGACAAGAGCAACAUAAGUGAAUCUUGGAAAAAAUCCUUAAGGAAAAAGGAGUCUUUACCAAGUAAUAAAAUGUGCUGCAGCAAAGGAAGUAAAAUAUGAGGCAUCUUUCUUGCUCUGUUGAAGCAUGCGCAGCAUGUUCGUUUGUCUGUCAAAUUUUUAUUUUGAAUGGAUUUUUUAUAGUUUUCUACAAAUGAUAACAAUCAUGCCACAAACGUUACGUGUAGUUUUAAAUGACUGGAGAGCAGAUUGUGUUAAGCGUCUCUAUCAUCUGCAUCAGCGGCCUAUUUAUAAAUAUGGAGACUUCAUAAAGAACGCCGUUGCGUUACUGCUUAGCACCAUAGUCUGUACAGCUAUGGUGUAGCUUUCGUUACUGAAAUUACCAAUCAGCCAGAUGGGGAAAACAUAUCGUUUUAUAUAUCCCCGCCCCCAAGAAGUCUGCCAUUAAUUAAGAAGAACCUCCAUUAUGUUUACCGAGGAAUUAGAAGUCUGGUAAACAAAUCGAUGCUACCAGCAAGGGUGAUGCGCUCCUUGUAACUCAGUGUUUGUUCUGACAAAGGACUGUCUUCCCGGACUGGGAAUAAACCAUAUCCCUACAUUUUAUACUGAUACUCAUGAAUUCCUGGAUUCAGCGUCUUGUUCAACUGACAAAAUAGGACGUAGCAUAAAGAAAUAACCUGUUUAUGGGAUCUUAAUCAGAAACACAACAUGCAGCUCAAGUACUUGCACGUUUUCACCUCGGCUGUAAUAACUAAUGAGGCUUGUUGUUAUACAGGGCAGGUUUUUUUUUGGUGCCUUACUUUUUGUCUUAAUUUUUGCCAGCGUGAAAAUUAAGUAUAAAUCAGUGAUACAGCAGGGAUUUAACCUAAACAGAGAAAAAAACCCACAACCACAGGUUGGAUCAAUAUUAUUAAAAACCUUUAACCUUUGAAGUACUGAGUUCAACUUCCUAUUCAAACAUCUCUGUUCUUCCUUUUUGAUGCUCAAUUGCUUUUUGAUUUGCCAUCCUUAGGAAGGGAUUUAAGAAACAAUAGAGAGAUGUCUCUUGUAAACAAGCAUUCGAUGCUUGAGUGUUUCUAUGGCAACUGUCUGUUGCUGGGGCUCUUUUUUUUCCUUCUUCGUAUAAUGAAGUUCAUGAACCAGUGGCAUGUUUUAUACUUUAUUCUGUUUCGCAUAAUUUUUCUCUUUUAGAUUGCAAAAGCAUGCGGGAAUUUUUCUAUGACUUUUGCUGUUGAUUUAAAAAAGACAAGAAAAGAAAGCAAAAAGCACAAUGUUAAUUGAUAAUGUGGCGAUAAACAUGAUUUUAUCUGAAUGAAUGUAAGGGGUUUAAUUUUAAAAAAGAACAUUUUGGAGAAAUGAGCUGAGAUUUCAGUGGCUAAGGACAACAUUUAGUCAUCUCCUAGGUAGGUUGUUUGCAAAAGUGUGCUGCUUAAAAGGCCCAGAAGAUAUUAGUCAGGGUUGGACUAAGAGUAUUGUGAGUCUUAGAUCCACCAAAUUAAUUAGUUCCCACAGUCCUCAUAACAACUGGCAGGGUACGCUCGGCGAAAUAGCCACAUCCAAGCCACGGCUGACUCAUAAUAGAUGCUUGUUCCCACAGCACUGUACAUCCAAGUGACAUCUUCUCCACUUGGUUCUUGUCCAAAGGGUGAAGACCACACCUCUGUGCUGGGGAAACGGCCAGCUUGGUGCAGGGCAUGAGGGUCCCCGGGGGGGACACCGCCCCGGGUCAGAGACCUCCUGCUCUGGGUUUCACGGGUUUAGCCUGGGUCCUCCUGGACCAUGGGUAAUUUGAGUAGCAUCCACACCCCGCAGUCACAUUUCCAAACUGAACGGGUUUUGUGACUAAGUCCAGCGGUCGCAGGAAAAAGCUUCCCCCUGCCAGCAAAAGUGACCACAAAGAGAGUAUCUAGGACGUAAAUCAAUGAUAACCUUUGUGUGGUCAGCUGAGUUGGAACUGACAAGUUUAUAAACGUUAUCAUUGUGAAGGACGACAAAGAGAGUAUAAAUCCCACCUUAUUUCUCCAAGACAGAAACUUUUUUUAUUAAUAAUAAUAAUAAUAUUAAAUAUAGAUCUCAUUCAUACAGUGUAUGAGUAGGAUCAUCAUUUAGACAUUUGUCCACAAGGACCAAUUUUUUAAAAAAACUGAUUUUUCUUGUGUUAUACCCAGAUAGUCUAGUAAUGUCUGCUCUUUUCCAAUAUUUGAUAAACACUUGAUGUUUUAAGCUUAAAUAUUAGAUGCUUGUAUACUAAUGUGUUGUUGUAGUAAAGUGAAAUUUCCUUGAUAUAUAUUUAUUAAAAUGACCAAAAUUCAUUUUAAUUUUACAUCUCCAGUGGCUACUGGGUCCUUUCCCCCAUGUUCCCCUCCCUUACCCAAGGAAAUGCCAUUUAAUCAAAGUGCUCCCUGCUGAAGAGAUGAGGCUGCAGUUGACUGCGCGCCUCAAGCUGAGUCCGGGAUGGAGCUCAGCCUUCUCGGGGUUUCAGGAGACUUCAGGACGGUCUGAAGGUGCACUGAGAAGCAACAGAUUUCUCUCUGGAUUUGCAUGGACAGCCAAGGAUAAUGCCUGGCCAAAUGCUGCCCAAGCCACAAAUCAGCUAACGCUUUCGAGGGGGCUGAAAGCUUUUUGACCCCAAGGGGUUCCUUGGUCUUCAAGAGCAAGCCCGUACAUAUAACCCUUCGCAGAGUCCUCUGAGUUGAAUUUGCACCAGCUGAAGUGAUGGAUCAGCAGAACUCUGUCUACUCCGGCCACUCUAACAGCCUCUUUAGUUCCAGGCACACCUAGAAAUUAAGCCAUUACAGCUCUGGACAGUCUUGUUGAGUGUCAGCAGGCUCUGUAAGGGGCGAAAUGUCAUCUAAUUUAUGAAGGCUGGCCUACGGGUAAGUGAUCUUUUCUGCCUUUCUCCAGACCAUGUCUCACAAAAUAAUGGCAAAUACUGAGAGCAGAUGUAUUGGACUCAGGAGUCAACUAAGUCAUCCUCUUUGCUUCAGAAGAGACAGAGGUAUUUCAUGUUAGAAAAGGGAGUUGGAAACACCCUUGUCCAAUUGCCAGAAAUGCAACAGACCUUGAUAGGAUUUCCAACCUGGGCUAGGCUGAAUGGCUUUCAUGGUUUAAGUUUGUGUUGAUUUAUGGCAUGUGGAGAGAGUGAACCUGACAGGCCUUUUCCCCAUUGCACACUCCAAUACCGAGGACAUUUUGCUAGUAUCACAAAUUUUCAAGAGCUAGUUCUUUUCCAAGGUUAUAGUAAUGCCUGUCAUCCGUAUGUCCCACGCAUAACUGCUAAAUGAAUGCUCCUGAACCUGAUCCUGGUCUCCCUG